AUGCCUGUCAUCGAUGGCGAAAAAUGGGCCUGCUCGUCCUGCAUCAAAGGUCACCGAGUGAGCGGCUGCACCCACAAUGAUCGAGAACUACACCACAUCAACCCUAAGGGUCGCCCAGUCAAGCAAUGCGAGCACUGUCGCGGCGCACGCAAGUCCAAGUCUCAUCACGCCAAAUGCGACUGUGGCGAUAAGAAAGACAAGGACAAGCACAAAGACAAGGGCGACGCGAAGGGUGAGAUUACAUCUGGCGCAAUCAGCCGUGUCAACUCUAACGAUGCUUUAGCUCAUGCCAGUGGCUGCCAGUGCCACUCUGGCGGCAAGUGCAUCUGCGGCACUAUCAAGGAGGAACCUCUUGACUUGAAGAUCGACACUGGUCGCCAGAAGCUUCACGAAGCCCGCGCAAAGCCAAAGCUCACCACAGCGCAGUCCGAGAGUCACUUGACCGUCUUCGCGAAUGGCCACCACAAACCAUGCCACCGCAGCAACAACACCGCUCACGUGUCCGGCAUGCCUUAUAAGAUCCCACGGCCGCACACGCUGCACGGUCACUCUUCGUUUGCCGCCUUGGCCAGAACCGAUAAUAGCUACAAUGUCAAGCCAGAGGCGCCGGCUCCUGCUUCGCGGUCAAUGGACACGUUGUCACUCUCGAAUCCCGAUUUCUACGCUUUCCUUGGAAACGGGCAACGUUCGAACGGUCUGCCUAUGACGACCAUGGGAGGCAGUCUUGAUACUCUCAAUUAUCAGGACUCCUUCUUCAACAACCAGAACGGUGCAUUCGGUGCUCAGGACAGCAACUCUCCUGAGAGCAACGCCAGUGACAGCUUCUCGACCCAACAAUGGCCAUGGACAACGACCACUGGCACACCUGUCAACUACAACUUCGACUUCGGCAGCCUCUCGACCUCUCCUUCGCAAGAGUGCUUGCCUAACCUUGACAGCCAAUGGUCUAUUCCUUCUGCUGGCUUCGAUCCAAUCUGGUCUGCUGGGGAUCUUCCCCUAGAUCCCAAUAAACUCAACGACAGCUUGACCCAGCCAAUUUCGCACAGCGGUGAAUCGAAGCAGAGUGGUCCUGGCCUGACCGUUGCCUCCUCUGUUCACUCGGAGAUUGGAGAGCCGAACCCGUUCGCAGAUCUGGACUUCAACAAGGCUCCCCAAUCAGCUGCUAGCGAAUCGCUGUUCUGGGAAGAUCAACCUGUCUACCGCUUCAGUACUGCGAUGCCAACUGAGAGCCUCGUCGCCCCGAUGCCCGUUCCUGUCACGACUAUGUCAACUAGCCAGACUUUUGAGUCUGACUUCUCCAAGAGCCAGAGCAUCGCGCCAACAACCAUGCCAAUAACAAGCGCGAGCGACUUCGCAGAUGCUGCUGCGAUUGCUAUUCCUGGCAACUUCGAUGACGUCGUUCCUAACGACCCAUGGCCGAUGGAGCAAAACCUUAUGGCUUUUGACAGCAUGAAUGCCUUUGAUUCCACCUACACACAGACUUGGCUGUACUUCAGUCCCUUUGAUGACGCCAUGAUUGAUGACGGUACUGAUCUGGCCCGAACCUUCUUCUCCAUACUUGACAUGCUCACAUGUGAGGGCUGGAGGCCGGGUGACCAGCCACAUCGUGCGCAACCACCGGGACAGCAGUGCGCAAUUCUGACGACUUGGAUUCGUGGACGCGCUAAGCAGCGCUCGCCGCGGUUGUCGCCGUCGAUCAUCGAUAGUGACAGUUUUUUGUUCCUGAUGACCGCCGGCAGCCAGCUCGAAGAGAACAGCGACUCCGCGAUGUCUGUUACGGCGGCAGCAGGUUCAAUGCAGCGCUUCUUCGCUCACGGCGGCCAAUCGAAGGACAAAGCAAGGUUCUUCACCCUACAUCGUGGCACGCUCGCGGUCGCCUGCAUGGUGGCUAGCAAUACCUUCUAUGUUCACUCUCGUCUCUCUGCGUUACGGACUGAUCUAGGCUUGGCUGUGGACUGCAGCACAACCGAUGGAGCACUGCGUGUUGCAUCAGAACCAUGGCCUAUGCCUGCGCAAGAGGCACCUAGGUAG